AUGUCCGAUGUGGAAUACUACAAGAAGAUGAUGCGUCAAGGCGACACCACCGAUUACACCAGUGGCGAGUUCUUGGGAGAGCAAGGAGCUUCGCAUCGAACCAAAUCACCGUCGUCUAUGAGCAAAAAAUGGACCAAGACCAAGGAACACGUCAACACCGAUUGGUUGGGCGCUUCUCCUGGCAAAGCUCGCAAGAGUUAUACUGUCAAGGCCAUUGUCAAGCCUUCUGUUCAUGUUUCAGAUGACGAAGAAGAAGAAGAGACCAAGGUAGAAGCUGCGCCAACGCCAGCGCCAGUCCCAAAGGAAGAAGACAAACCAGCUGAGGAAGCUGCAUCACCGCCCUCGCCGACACCUGCUGUUGCCGAGGCAAAGAAGGAAGAAGAAGAAGAAGUAGAUCCUGCCGUAGCCAAGUACAAGGCCAUGCUUCGUGCGGGUGAUUCGUCUACUGACUAUUCGACCAAUGAAUUCUUGGGCGAUCAAGCCCAAUCUCAUCGCACAUCGACGACCAAAAAGAAGUGGGGCAAGCCCAUAGAAAGAUCGAACGAUGACUGGUUAAGUGCUUCCCCUGGCAAGGCUCGCAAGAGCUAUACUGUCAAGGCGGUCAAAAAAGCUGUCCACCAUGACAGCGAGGACGAAAAGGAAAAGGAGACCGAACCCGUGCAAUCAUCACCCGUAAAGACUACUACUGCGCCAGUGACAGAACCAGAACCAGAAAAAGAAGAAGACAAAGCACCGUCGUCGCCUGUCAAAGCGGCACCCGAGGAGGUGGAUCCUGCGAUUGCCAAAUAUAAGGCGAUGCUUCGUGCUGGUGAUUCGUCUACAGACUAUUCGACCAACGAAUUCUUGGGCGAUCAAGCCCAAUCCCAUCGAACCUCAAAAUCACCCAAGAAGUGGGGGAAGCCCAUUGAACGCUCUAACGAUGACUGGUUGGGUCCUUCUCCUGGCUCGCGAAAGAGCUAUACCAUCAAAAAGGUCCACCAUGUCCCACCUCCAGACGUUCAUUAUACUGACGAAGAGGAAGAAGAAAAGCCAAAGAAGGAAGAAUCACCAAAGAAGGAGGAACCUGCUGCUGAACCUGCUCCAAAGGAGGAUGAUGUCUCAUCUCCUGUCGCGGAACAAGAGAGCGCAGCAGAACCCACUCCACAGCCAGACGAAAAGAAGGAAGAAGUUGAUCCUUCCAUUGCCAAGUACAAGGCCAUGCUUCGUGCUGGUGAUUCGUCUACUGACUAUUCGACCAACGAAUUCUUGGGCGAUCAAGCCCAAUCCCACCGAACCUCAAAGUCACCCAAGAAGUGGGGCAAGCCCAUUGAACGCUCUAACGAUGACUGGUUGGGUCCUUCUCCUGGCUCGCGAAAGAGCUAUACCAUCAAGUCGAAAAGCACCCCCAAACCAACUCAUAAUGACGAUGAUAACGACGAGCCCAAGCAAGUAUCUCCCGCCAAGCAUGUCUCUGACAUCAAGCCACCCCAAUUGCACGACGAGGAUGAGGAACCUGCCAAAGAACCAGAAGUGGUGGAUCCUUCCAUUGCCAAGUACAAGGCUAUGAUGCACCGUGACGAGGGAAACGACUAUGCUACCAAUGAAUUCUUGGGAGAGCAGGGCCAAGCGCACAGAGCUGCAAAGUCACCCAAAAAGAAACAUGCGGGCAAGCCCAUCGAAAAGUCCAACGAUCAUUGGAUGGGAUCAGGUGGCACUGCGCGCAAGAGCUACACCAUCAAGGGGAGCAGUACUUCCUCCAGCAAACCUCCAUUCUCUCCGGCAAGUCCAGUCACUACUACAAAAACCCGAGCUAGUUUCUCAUCCAUGGCUUCUCCUACGAUUGCAUCUCAAAGAAUGACUCCCUCAUUUGACCAUGCAAGCCCAGUGUCGGCCAAGGAGCGAAUGGGCACCCGUGCCAGUUUCUCGCAUGCCAUGACCUCGAUGCAGUCUCCCAAGGUGACCUCUCCAAGAGGCUCCCUUACUCAUGAGAGCCCAGUCUCAGAGAAGGAGCGAAUGGCGGGCCGUGCGAGUUUCUCGAAUGCCUUUGCCAAGUUCCGAAGCAGUGAUACAACCGUACCAGCUGCCUUUGCCCAUUCCAUCGCCUCCCCCGUCAAGCGUAACUUUCAUGUUCCCAAAGAGGCGGUAGAAAGAGAGAAAGAGGCUCAUAGACAUGACGACGAGCAUCAUGAACCCACCAUUAAGGAAGGGGAAGAAUUGGCAACGGCGGAGGGAGUCUCUGAAGUCCACGAAGAUCACAAGGAAGAAUUUGAGGAGGCACUGCAAAUGUUGCAAAAGAUCUUUAACCGAUUGGACGAUCGCGAGCCCAGUUGGAAGCAGAUGGAUGCCGUCAUCAAGAAAAUCCGCAAGGCCACCAAUCAAGGUGCUGACAUCAAGGCCAUUUUGAGUUAUUCUAUUUCCUCUCUUCAGCAUAUCGCUGGUCUGCUCUACGACGAAGAUCAAACUGAUACCGAUGAUGUAGUUGAGAAAUUGAUUGAUCUCAACAUGCAAAUCUAG